AUGGCAGCAGCGACAACUAAUUUCUCCCGGUUUCCUCGCUUCACAAGCCUCCCUCCGGAGCUGCGCUAUCUUAUAUGGCGUUGCGCCCUGCCUGACAACAUUGGCCAAGUCCUGUUCCCUUACAAAAAGGGGUGUUGGGGCUCUCGGCACUUGUCGGAAUCUGACGAGGAAUAUACUGAAUUGUGCAAUACUGCACUCGAGUUCCGCCACAGUUUAUUGGGCCCGGUGCAGUUUGAUAUACCACUAUUCUUCGUUAACCGGGAAUCCAGGGCCUUCGCCUUAGCUUGGGUUCGAGAAAUGGGUAUCGAGAUGCGCUUUCACAGGGACAAACAGUCCUUCGUCUUCAUGCGGCAGCUCGACCUUGUGCGUGACGUGUUAUACAUUCCGUUUGACAAGGUAGACGAAUUCAUCCAAGAGCCUCUCGAUCGCCAAUUUGAGCCAGAUCUCUUCGCCCGGAUGGUGGACUGGCAUCCAAACGUCAAGCAUAUUGCCGUUCCAGAGGCGCUGCUGCAGAGCGAUUCCUCUGCACUACGUGAGAUAUUCGACUUAUUCUAUCAUCCAAAAACAUUCUUUAUCGUGGUAGAUGCGCAGCCAGAUUGGCAUGAAAGCAACAUCAAUGUACACCAGCGAUGGGAGCUCGACAGCAUGCUGGGAAGAGGCUUCUUCUGGAACUCCAAGCAUGGUCGCUUUGUCUGUGAAACUGGUCUUUCAAUCGGUGAUGAAGCCCUAUAUCAGCGGAUAGAGCGAGCUAUAGAUGACUUGGCCUCAUUAUUCACACCAAGCCAUCCUAUGGACGACUUCGAGAUCCGGCCUGUCUUUGUUAUUAGAAAAUGA